AAUUGUCACUGGUAUACUAUUUCGUUUCUAUAUAUUAUAAGAUAGCUGUGGCACAGCAGGGAAUUUUUGUAGUUUCCUCUGAGGCUUUUCUAAAUCUCUAAUAGUUUUCCUAUACUUUGAAGCGAAAAGAUGAUCACAUCUUCACUACUCGGUAGCCUUCGAGUUGCCAGGGCCUCCGUCGUGGUCACAAGGAACUUGGCAGCAACCUCAAAAGCUACAGAUCCCAUUCAACAGCUCUUUUUAGACAAAAUUAGGGAAUACAAACAAAAAAGCGCAGGUGGUAAGCUAGUAGACCCCAGUCCUGCUGUCGAAAAGGAGCUGAAGAAUGAAUUGGAAAAACUACAAAAGCAAUUUGGUGGAGGAUCUGGUGUGGACAUGACAGCAUUCCCUUCUUUUAAAUUUGAAGAUCCUAAAUUGGACUCAAUUAAUGAACAAGCCCCUGCUAAGAAGUAAAUUUGCUAGUUGUAUUCAAUGGUUAAAUAAGCUGCUGUGUUAGGUAAUAAAUGAUAAAUUAAA